UGUGUGCGCGCGCGAGACGAGGCGAGGCGAGGCGUGCCGUUGUUCAAACACUCCGGAGCUGGGAGGAGGAGAGAGAUAAAGACCGCGGGCCUGCCCGGCGCGCCAGUCUCCGCCGCGAUGUCGAGGUCCUCGCUGCUGUUGCUGCUGUCGCCGCUGCUGCUGUCGUGCUGCGUCGCCGCGCAGCAGAACUCCAGCUCGGCGCCGGUGGUCCCGCCUGCCACCACCACCACCACCACCACCACCACAACCCUGGCCAGCUUCCCCGCGCUCAGCACCCUGAAGCCCGACGAGCUGACCGGCCCCGCCGCUCAACCCUCGCCAGUGACGACGGCGGCGGCGGCGGCGGACGGCUCGUGCUCGGCCGACGCGCAGUGCGUGGCUCGGCGCGGGCAGCUGUCCUCGUGUGUGGACGCGGUGUGCGUGUGCGGGCCCAGGGCGUACGAGAAGUCCGGGGAGUGCCUCCCGAGCAAGGAUUUGAAUGAGCCUUGCGAGUCGUCAGAGGAAUGCCAAAACACGAAGCACGCAGUCUGUACGUCAUCAGUGUGCUCCUGCGAUGUCGGCUACACCAAUGAAAACAAUGUCUGCACGCUGGUGAUACCGCCACCAAUGCCUGCGAUCGUGCCCAUGAACCGUGACGUCAGUGGGAUCACAAUCAAGCCUAAUUUUGAGCCAGAUGGUGCUUACAAAGUGCUGAAACUAAAGUCGGAAGAAUUAGUUCUGGAAUGUACGGUUACUGGUGCGUCUGUGAAUUACACAGUGGCGUGGCUGAAGAACAAAACUGCCAUACCUGAUAAUGAAAGGUUUAAAACUGUCCAACCAAACAAGCUGGUGAUAAAAAAACCUGAGGAGAAUGAUGCAGACACAUACACGUGUGUGUUUUCAUUCAGCAAUAACGCGACAGCUAGCAGGCAGGAAGAUAUUCCUGUGAUGGUUCCUGUGUAUGUGCGGCUGCCGGCCUCAACAAGUGCUGUGGAGGGUGAAAAGUUGCAGAUGAAGUGUACUGUGUUCGGACGACCCAUUCCCACCGUUGAGUGGCUGUUCGGCAAUAACUCAAUCAAGGAAGAGAAGGGAAGAUACCAGCUCCUGGAAUAUGAGAAUGUCCCCAAUGCAAUGCUUCAGAUUGACGAUACGAAGAUGGAAGAUCGGGGCGAAUACACUUGCAUUGUACGCAAUAUGUACUCCAAUGAAACAAGUGCGACCACCAUGGUCAGGGUGAAAGAUAAGCUGGCAGCCCUGUGGCCAUUCUUGGGUAUUUGUGCUGAGGUUUUCGUGCUGUGCGCCAUCAUCCUGAUCUACGAGAAGAAGCGGAACAAGACGGAGCUUGAAGAGAGCGACACCGACCAGAGCCCUGAACAGAAGAACACCCCGGACCACGGAAAGGAUUCUGUUAGACAGAGAAAGUGAACCACAAAAGUUGUUACAAGAAUUUAAAUUUUGCUGUUGGCUUGUUGAAUUUAUAACAGUAUAGUUAAUCAUCUUCUGGUGCGCCCCUUCAGAGAAAAAAAAGUGAUAUUACCAAUGUUGAAACUUGACCAUCAAUUACAGCGUUGCUAUUUUGAAUGUUAGCAUGUUUUACAGUCAUUUACAGUGACUGUGGUAGAACUGGGACUGUGGUAGGCUUGCGACUACUGGCUCUGUAGUGAUAUCUUUCCUUCGACUUAUAACUCGUUAGCUGUAGCUCCAGCAACAAGCACAUGAGCGCCAGGGGUGUUCACAAGCGGUGUGCAUUCACGCCAUCCGCUGGCACAGUUAGAAAUGUUAUUGGCUAAUAUUGUAAAAGUGUUUAAUAUUCUUUAUUGUUCCUUCCACUAUUUUAGUAUUGUACUUAAAUGAAUAUUCCCUUAAAAUAAUGUGUUAGAAUCACUUUAGUGAUUUGCAAUGCUGGGUACAGUGUUAUAUCGAAUAGCUUUCUAUUUUUAUUCAGUGUGUGAAUUUUCUCCAACUUUUAAACAUUAGAUUUAUUGUCUUCUGUAUACUCCUUGAUGGUCUUUCAACCAUUCGUAGCCAAACUUUGACGUUUUAAUAAUUAAAAAUGGGUUACUUGUUAACCAUCAGACUUGACAAUCCAAUCCAAAAGUAGUCUGUUUAUUUGUUUAAGUUGAUUUUGUAUUGUAGUUUGGAAGUUACUGUACUGCAGGAGCCGUGCACCAAUUUUAAUUUGAUAAGUAUGUAUCUGUGCCUGUGAGGAACUGGUACUAUGUGCAUAUAUGCGAGGUUUUGAUUUUUGCUUACCUCAUAUUGUAAACAUAUUUGAUCAAUUUUUUAUUUAAAAUGUUACUAUUUUCAUAAAUUUACUGUAUAACUUGAAAAUUUUUGAUAUUUUAUAAUUAAGAUGUAAUAUAAAUACUAAGUAUGUUAUUUUAUUGGUAAGUGUGAUAUAUCUACUAGGUAACAGUUGAAAUAAUUUAGUACUUUUCUGUUACUUUCUUAUUUUUAACAAUGUGGUAAAUAGCAUUUAUCACUUUUUUUAUUCAGAUGUUGUUGGACAUAAUAUACUGUACUAACGGGUUGAUUAAAAUGUUGAAAUACAAAUAUUUUUUUGUAGUCAAAAAUCUUGUCUGACCAUGCUGUUUUUGAAGAAAGCAACAGGAAGCUUUACUAUUCAUGUGUUUCAAAUUCAGCUCUGUGCAUGGUGCUACGAAAGUGUUUCUGAAACUGGAGUGCAAGGUACGUCUGUUUUUGACCACUGCUGCGUUCUGUACGUUCCCAUGGUGACUUCUCCAUCUCCAUUUCCAUCCAUUCUCAAACAAGUUUGCCACCUUUGACUAACUCAGCUGUCUCUCAGGAUAGUGACCACAUUCCAACUGAUAGCAAUUAGCAGGUGUUCAGUGGAGCACACCCAAUGUGUGCCCCACAGCCAGGCUACAAGCAGUUUGUGUUGAUUCUUCCUGGCGUGUUGAUGCAGUUUGUAAUUCCUAGUUGUGUAUAAUUAAUGCUUAGAAGUAACUUAGUUCAUCUUAGUAGAUUUUCUCUUGUAUUUUGAGAACAGUUGGAAUGACGUGUUCUCUAAAUGCGUGUCUUUUGUUGAGUAAAAUUCUUUUAGAGCGUUAACGUGAAAUAUUAACAUUGUCUGCCUGUCAUCCAAUUUUUUUUUCUCAUGUGUGUACUCAUAAAAAAAAUUAAUCAGGAAUGUUGGGCUAUUGUUUGUUGGAACAAUGAAUUACAUUUUAUUUUUGUCUGCUGUUUUUCUUAUAAAUAUAUGUGCAUUAACAUGGUUAGUGUGGAAGAAUGAGAGAACUACUAGAAUUUAUGUUUGUAAAGUUUGUUUUUCUUGGUGGAUGAUUUGGAUUUAAACAUCUCUUGUAUCUUAAGAAACAAGAUUUGAAAAGUCAGCAAAUUGAAUUGGAAAUGAUGUAGCAUUUUUGAUAUUAACAUUUGUGUUGGCAGUUUCUUGCUGACCUAAAAUGAUGAUAUGCAUGUGUCUCCAUUUACCUCUAGAUCCUAAUCAUCACUAAAGGGCUGUCUGGUGCCAUUUUUACACUAAAUGCAGACUUUGUGGCUUCAGUAAGUCAUAUGAUUGCUGAAGUUAGUCUUCCAGGAAAGUCACCUUACAGCAUCACUGUGGUAGUCAUGGGUACAGACUGUUUCUGUACCAAAUUACGUAAUUGUGAUGGUGUGCUAGACGUCUCUGAGGAAUUUCAUUUUAUAUUGUGUGGCAUCAAGCGUCUUGUGGUUCAGAGAGAAGGCAGAUGUUAGCAUCCUUGCGAGACCAGAUUUAAAAUAAAUGAUAGAGAUUCCUUAGAUACCAAAAUUAAGUAGAUAUUUGGCAAAAAACUUUGUUAACUUGCAGUGAGGCGAGAUUAUAUGGUGAAUAAAAGUUCAGAAAAAAAAUAACUGUGAACUGCAAUUGAAAAGUCAUAACAUUACUAUAUACUGAAACUAAAUUUACAAUUUAUUUUAAAUUUUUGACUUUUAUGUAUGUAUAAAAUACAUAAAAUGUUAAUAAUUAAGAGUUACAGAUUGUUAGUUUUAUUCAAUUGAUAAAGAAGAAAGUUGAGAUGAUGUGUGUGUCAGUGAAGUUGAAGAAUAAAAUGUUUUUGUGUUUUCGUUUUUAAAAUUGAAUAGUGAUUCUUUGAAUAUUCAGUUUCGAUAUCUAUUUUAGUGAGUAAAAAUUUAUGUCAAAGCUAACAGUGCCUGAAAAAUUAAGGCACCAAAAAUAAAUUAUGUAAUUAAACAUUGUUUGUUCAUAUUGUGUAAAUAGUGUGUUUAUGUAUUUGUAAAUUGUUCUUAAAAAUAAAAAAUAAACAUCAGCGCAAUCUGAAGUUUUUUCAACUAAAUGGAUUAGAAAAUUAAACCAUAAAAUCUUGCCUCUAUGUCAUAAAGUAACACAGUUUAAACGUAAAAAUAUGAGUGAAUUAUCUAAACAAAUUAUUUUGCGUACACAUAAUGAAGGUGGAAGCUACAACUGCAAAAUGCUAAUUGCUAUGCAGCUGGGAUAUGGUGUGUGAAUGUGUGACUUUUUGCAAGGUGCUGCACUCAACUUAUUACUGUGCAAGAGUGGUAAGUGUAAACUCGGUAGUUUAAAAAUAGAUUCUAAUGAAUGCAGUGCGGCGUAAAGAACAUAAAAACGAGUGUCAACAAGUGUUGUGUACUUUCAGGAAGGAGCGAGAAUUGCUCUGUUGACUUAAGAUGAAAUCCAUAUGAAAUCUGAGCUAGUGCACAAUUAAUCGAAAGUACUUAACACUUUCUGCCAUCCAUUUUUAUAUUCAUAUUAGAUAUUAAAACCGUGAUAUAGCAUAAGUUAUUGUAUAUACUGUUAUAACCUGUAAUAAAAUGUUGAAUUUGUUAAAGAAAGUUUUAAAAUUUUGACUAUAUUCAAAAUAUUUGAAAAGGUUGUGGUAUUUUCUUUUUCUUUUUUUUUUUUUUAGAGUGCACAUCACUGAACAGAAAAUGUAACACUUGGGUUGGUUUCACGAGUACUGGACAAGUCCAAAGUUUGCACCUUGCAUGUAAUGUUUUGUUUUCUAAUCUAAGCAUCAUAAUAAAUAGCAGCAAAGACUCCUGAACUCAACCUAGCCAUAUUGAGUUCAAGAAUAAAAAUUAUUUUUGAAGUUUAAUGUUGUGAUUUCGUAAAAUUAAUUAAUAAUUCUCAUGUAUUCUUUAUUGCAUGUGAUAAACUUGGUAAACUUGAAUCUAAAAUUGUUUUCUCUGAGAAAAGCAGAACCUCUUGUGUACCGUGAUCUUCAAAAUCAUUGCUUCAUUAUUCUCAUGUAGAUGCCAUUGAAUAGAAUAUUUUUUUGAGCUGGUGUAGUGCAUGCAGCACUGAACAUGGUGUUCAUUUCGAAAUUUAUUUGGGCUUUGAUAUAUAGAAUGUGUUUUGUACAGUUAUGUUGUGAAGAUUGAUCAUAUUUGUAUAGUUAGAGGAAGAUAUUGUGGAUAAUAAUUUAAUGUGAAUAUCAUUAAAGGUCAGUUCUCGGGCUGUUGUAAAGCUGUUGACCAAUUUUAAAAAAAAAUCAGUGCCUAUAAAACUUGAAAGGUCAAGUGUGGAAUAUAUGUACUCCAAGUAGGAUUUAGAUCAUGGUCCUUUGGUCAUGUUCUAACGAUUGAGCCCUAUAGAACCACUUUAUCAUGGUUGGAUCGUGACACUACAGGUUAUACAUUAUAAUUUUAUUUGAACAGCAGAUGCACUGUGAAUCAAGUUGAAAACCGGGACCUUUCAAAAUGCUGAUAAGUAUAGUUAGUGUCGCUAGUACAUGUGGGUCCAUGGUUUAAAAACUGGUCCACAUUCAUUCAUAUUUACCUCAUGUUUUGUUAUUUUAAACCAUAAAAAAAAUUAUUAAUGAUUAUUUCAAUCCAGUUUGGUUUCACUAAGUUAAAUAAGAAUAUGUUACUCAAUUCUAUACAGUCAAGUUUAUCACUGUGCUUUUCACAUAACUAGAAAUUAUAGUUGGUGGUAAUGUAGUUAAUAUGUAGUACUUCAUUAAAUCAUGUUAUUGAUGAAUCAUGUUAACAGCAUUCUCUUAGUAUUUGGUUGUCUUCUGGUAUACUGUGGUGCAAAUGCGUAAUAAGAAAGGUUAUUUAUAUGUGAAACCAGCCCACAUGAGGUGAGAAGUAUGUUUUAAACUGCCACAUUAUAAGUGUAUUACAUAUAUGCGUUUAUUUGUGAAGUGAUUAUAAUUUUAACUAAUUUACUUAAGUGAGAUUAACUUUUUAAAGUAAUUGCAUUAUUAAAAUAAACGAUGUGUACAUAUGUAAAAUAAUAAAAUAAAUCAUUUUCUUAUAUGAAGAAAAAUAAGACCACAAAUCUCAAAAAACUGUGUGUAUUGCAACUAUAAAAUUUGUAGUAAAGAAGAUAAAAUAAAUUAUGAUAUCAAACA